GUCACAUGACCGAGCUGGUGAACCUCCUGACUGCCCCUCCUCCUCCUCCUCUUCCUCCUCCUCCGUCACGGGCUCCUGUUUCCUCACCGUCUGUCGGUCGGUGUGUGUGUGUGUGUGUGUGUGUGUGUGAGUGAGUGUGUGUGAAAGAGAGAGUCGGUGAGCUUCGAUCACAACAACCGAGCGGAACAUGGCGGACACGGCCAGGGAGCCUCCACCGGCGGAGAGCACCGACUUCGAGGAGCUGGAGGACGCGGAGGAGCUGUUCCCGGAGCCGGCCGCCGCCGACAAUGAGUCAGAACCAGCCAGUCUACCUGCUGAAGACAUCAGCACCAACUCAAAUGGACCCAAACAAGAUUCUCUGUUUGAUGACGACCCCGAGGACCUGUUUGCAGAGGCCACAGAAGAGGUUUCCCUGGACAGUCCGGAGAGAGACGUCCUGCUGUCGGACGGUCCGUCCCCCGCCAUCACCCCCAUCACCCCGCCCCUCUCCGUCAUCACGCCCUGCCUCGGCCACGACGACAUGUUCACACACUCCUCCUUCGACGAGAUUGAAGAGGAGGAGCUCAACGAUUCGUUCGACAUGCACAUAUCAGUGUCUGACCCCGAGAAAGUUGGUGAUGGGAUGAACGCGUACAUGGCAUAUAAAGUGACGACCAAGACGUCCGUGUCCCUCUUCAAGCGCGACGAGUUUUCGGUGAAGCGUCGUUUCAGUGACUUUCUGGGUCUGCACAGUAAACUGGCCUCCAAGUACCUGCACAUAGGCUACAUCGUGCCCCCGGCGCCGGAGAAGAGCAUUGUGGGUAUGACCAAGGUGAAGGUCGGGAAGGAAGACCAGUCGUCCAACGAGUUUGUGGAGAAGAGGAGGUCGGCCCUGGAGAGGUACCUGCUGAGGACAGUGAAACACCCCGUCCUGCUGAAAGAUCCUGACGUGCUGCAGUUCCUGGAGAGCUCAGACUUGCCGCGGGCCGUCAGCACUCAGGCUCUGAGCAGCGCCGGACUCCUCCGGAUGGUCAACAAGGCAGCCGACGCCGUCAACAAGAUGACGAUCAAGAUGAACGAGUCAGACGCCUGGUUUGAGGAGAAGCAGCAGCACUUUGAGAACCUUGAUGUUCAGCUGAGGAAACUUCACGCGAGCGUCGAGUCUCUGGUUUGUCACAGGAAAGAGCUGUCCGUCAACACGGCGCAGUUCGCCAAGUCGGCGGCCAUGUUGGGGAACAGCGAGGACCACACGGCGCUGUCGCGGGCGCUGUCGCAGCUCGCCGAGGUGGAGGAGAAGAUCGACCAGCUGCACCAGGACCAGGCCAACGCCGACUUCUACCUCUUCUCCGAGCUGCUGGGCGACUACGUCCGCCUCAUCGCCGCCGUCAAGGGUGUGUUCGACCACCGGAUGAAGACGUGGCAGAAGUGGCAGGACGGUCAGAUGCUGCUGCAGAAGAAGAGAGAGGCUGAGGCCAAACUGCAGCUCAACAACAAACCAGACAAACUGCAACAGGCAAAGGACGAGAUCAAAGAGGAGAUUGAGGAGCUGGAGGCGAAGGUUCAUCAGGGAGAGAGAGACUUCGAACAAAUAUCCAAAACCAUCCGCAAAGAGGUCGGAAGGUUUGAGAAAGAGAGAGUGAAGGACUUUAAAACCAUCAUCAUCAAAUACCUGGAGUCUCUGGUUCAGACACAACAGCAGCUGAUUAAAUACUGGGACGCCUUCUUGCCCGAGGCCAAGGCCAUUUCAUAGAGAGACUGUCCAACCACACUACCCACAAUGCACCUGUGGCCCUGGUGUCGGCAGAAGUGGCUCAAAGUGACAUUUCAAACAACAACAACAACAAAACUCCACCAUCUUAUCUUCUUCUUCCUCCUCUGCUGAGCUGUGCUGCGUUCAGGUCCCAUCAUCAAAACUUCUUCAUUCUGAACUGACGCAUUAACGAUAUUAAUAUUAAUAUAACAAUAUCAAUAUAACAGUAUCUCGAUCAUCACACUGUUUCCUUCUUGGUGAUUCAGAUUUCAAUAUGACAAAGUUUAAGUAAGUUUUUUAUCUUCUGAAAACCUGCAGCGGGAGUUAUUUUAGGGCUGAAAUGUUCUAUAAUCCUGUUGGACUUGAAUGCAGCACGGGGUUAUGACCCCCGGUGACCACACAGAUUCCAACAUGGCGUAAGUAUGGAAGCACAUUCCUGCCAUGAAAAAAGUUUGGAACAUCAAAAAUAAAAAUUCUAAAGAAUGACGUAAAGUUAUGGUAUACACCCAAAAAAAGAGCUCAAUAUCUGUUAGACAGACGCAGAAUUGGUCGUAAUUUUCAGACAAAUAAUUGAAGAAAAAUGUGUAAUAAUAUAUGUCAUGAAAUGCAACAACCUGUAAGUUUUGCACAGCAACAGCGCCCUCUGCAGCCACACGCCUCAAUUUAAUUAUUUGACUGACAGUGAAUAUUUGCAUUUCACCAUCCUUCAUUUUCUGGUGGGGAUUAUGGUCUUCCAUACUUUGCCCCCCUACAUACUACAUUAACAAUGAGCAUCGGCGGGAAGUUGCUCUGGAGGAAGUUUGGAGUCGAACCUGCGCAAAGUGAAACUUUUAAUUUCACCUGAACCAUCAGCUGCACGACAACGGAAUCUGAAGCUCUCAGAUUGGACGUUGUUGUUGUUGUUUUUUUUGCAGCAGUGCUUUCUGGGAAUUGUAGUUGACUUCUAACACAGUCUUGAACAUUCAAAUGAUUAUUUUUUAUUUUUUAAAUUGAAGCCGAUUUUUAAUUAUUUUUUUUAACAUUUGAAAAACCAAGAAUGUGAACAGAACUUUGUCUGCAGGACCCUGAAGGCCACACACAGCAUCUGCUUCGUCAGCUGAUUCAUGGAAACAACAUUUACAACUUCACUGGAUUUUUUCUUUUCCUUUGUCCAGAACCAAGUUUUUACAUAAACAUGGAAACGUUUCUCCACUUUCAAACCUU